UAGUUCAGUUGGCUAUAAAGUGUAUUUUUUUUAUUAGGAAUGUGAAAUUAUUGACUUUUUCUUGGGCUCUGCACUGAAAGAUGAGGUAUUGAAGAUAAUGCCAGUUCAGAAACAGACACGGGCUGGUCAGCGUACCAGGUUCAAGGCCUUUGUGGCAAUUGGAGACUACAAUGGGCAUGUUGGACUUGGUGUCAAGUGUUCAAAAGAAGUAGCAACAGCCAUCCGAGGAGCCAUCAUUUUGGCCAAGCUUUCUGUCAUUCCUGUACGUCGAGGAUAUUGGGGUAACAAAAUUGGGAAACCUCAUACCGUGCCAUGUAAGGUUACGGGAAAGUGUGGAAGUGUCUUGGUACGACUGAUUCCUGCUCCUCGGGGUACCGGCAUUGUGUCGGCUCCUGUACCCAAAAAACUACUGACCAUGGCAGGAAUUGAAGAUUGCUACACAUCAGCUCGUGGGUCUACUGCCACCCUUGGAAACUUUGCCAAAGCCACGUACCUUGCUAUUCAGCAAACCUACAGUUAUCUAACACCUGAGUUGUGGAAGGAGAAUUUGUUAACCAAGUCACCCUACCAGGAGUUUACGGACUACCUGAUUGCAUCACAGAAGGCUGUGGGUGCUGCUAGGCAAGAACAGCCAGCAUAAUAAACUUUGAUACUUUUUUUUAAAUAAUGUAGUUUUAAACACUGUGUUAUUCCAUUUAUGUAUUGGUCUAAGAAAAGGGAAAAUAAAAAUUUACACCCAAUAAUA